CAUAAGUGCUGACUUACUUAUUUUAAGCCUUCUCUCUGCUUAUAAUAGAGAUCUCGAUCGUUUUUAAGAAACAUGGAUGAAAAUGAAGUGACUAGGAGUCAUCAUGCGAUUAUGGAGGUCAUGAAGCCUUUAGAUAUGAAUCUGUCCCUGCUGUCUGACACUGAAAACCUCCCAGAUGAUGUGAUUUUAAUCAGUCCCUUAACCCCAUCACUAGUCUCCCUUCCAGCUCUGGAGAAACAGCAGAUCUGGAUGGACACAGAGUGUGAAGAUAGCAGUAAUGCUGACGAACCUUAUUCAGUGAAGUCUUCUGACAGCAUAAGAGAAACAGAUCUCCUGUUUGGAAGUGAGCUCAUUCCUUCAGAGUUAAUGCAGAAGGGCAAAGCCAAGACACACAAGUGUUCAGAGUGCAUUAAAGUGUUCAGGACACCAUAUGCUCUCAACAAGCACAUGCUAACUCACCAACCAGAGAGAUCUUAUGUCUGUAAUAUCUGCCAGAAAGGGUUUAAACGCUCCGAUCACCUAACAAGCCACAUGUUGAUUCACCAGAAGAGGAAGACCUAUCAUUGCUCUCAUCCUGGCUGCACGAAGAUGUAUUGUGGCUACCGCUCACUUAAACGCCAUUAUGCCAUACAACAUCGUACAUACCCCCUCACUCCAACCUCCCAGCCAAGUACCACUGACACCAAAACAUGCCCACCUCAGUUGAAGCCUCCAAAGCUUUCUGCAAUAAACGAUGGUGCAUCGACCUCGGUUGGCUACCCAUCUUUAAUCUCACCACCCAAACCUCAAUCUGUUUUUCAAUUCGAGGGUUACACCAGCUGUGGGACCAAUUACAACAAUUAUACUUUGGCAGCAAAUCUCAGCUUGAGCCACAACCCUGAGGACCCCAAACUAUCCCAAGUAAAGCUUCCUGUGAUAUCACAGUUGUGGAGCCUAGUAGCAGAUGGUGCUUCCUGCAGUUUGGAGAGUGCACUUGACUUGUCAGCAUCUCAUAGUAUGUUGAUGUCUAACCAGUGGGAAUCAACUUCCAGUCUUGGGGGUAGUAUGGUGGACACUGUAGAACCAGAAGCUGAAUGUACUUGGGAACAUAACUUGGAUUUUUUAGUACCUCAAACAUGGAAAGAGGCACCAUCAGUCCAACCUAGCAAGGAAGGAACUGGCACUGGAACAGCUAGUCAACAAUCUUCGGCUUGCCCCAGAAAGAAUCAACCCAUUUUGUUGAAGCCUGAUCUGCCACAGCAUGAACCUCAGAAUAAGCAGCAUCCUCCUCUUAUGAGUGGAGAAGCAUCAUGCACAAAAUCAAAAAUCAUUGGAUCCUCAGAAUACCACAUGGAACCCAUCAUUCCUUCUCUAUCUCCUCCACGCAAGUUCAAGAACAAGAAGAAGAGAGUAAAGAAUAAGAUCUUGAAGGCAACCAAUAUUCCCACCCCACCUCUACCUUUUCCCAGACCCGGUACUCAAAGACACCCCAGACCCCACCCUGCUUACCGCGUUUCACCCAGCCAGGUAGCCAUGGCAUCCUUUUGUACAGAGAGAUCCCCCUCUGACAUGUCCAAGUCCACUGCACAGGGAGGAAGUGCUACUGCACGGAUACGACAUGGAAGAGAGUCUGGUGAAAGGAUGGAUCUUAAAACCCCACCUAGCACGCAUGCACAGCCCUCGCCUUCACAUCCACAAUCUCCACCAACCUUCGACAAGCUGGAUCAGCAAUUAGUAGAAUCAAUCUCAUCAACCAAGGGCGGGAGCCUGGACAUGGUUGGUGAUUGGUACAAGACAGAACAGGAAGUCCAGCUUUCCCCAAUAGUCAUCCCAGUUUCUGUCCCUGUCCCAAGCAAAGUCGCAAAGACGUUCAACAAAUUCUCUAGACAUGAAAUUGAGAAGAAUCAGAAGGUCAAAACUCUGUCCAAGAAGUCAUAUCAUCCCGGUCUUCUCAAGAGCUUGAUCACACCCAACCUGGUAGCCGGAGGUUACCCAAGUCAACUGCGUUCACCUACGUACCUUGCCGACCACCUGCUGAACUUUGAUCCACCGCAAUACACUCCCCCUCCCAUGCUUAGCCCGCUCCGUGGAGGAACAGGGCUCUAUUUCAACACCGUGCCCCAGUACCAGCCUUGCCUUAAUCCACCUAACAUCUAUUCUGAUUGCCUGGAUGGCAAAGAUGGAAUCUCAUUAAUAUUGGAUAAUACAGUAGUCAGCAUAAAGCCAAAGAUCAACGUGGGUUCACGUUUCCAGGCUGAGAUCCCCCCAAUUCGCAAUUCUUUGCUAAUUCUGUAUGAUGAGCACCCUGCUCAGCUCGUCUGGGCCCCAUGGGGAGACCUGAACACUAAUCCUGAGACACAACAAGAUGUUACAGAAUUCCUAAACAUGUGCUGUUCCAGUGUGCUACCAGGAGGGGGCACAAACACUGAACUUGCACUUCACUGUUUGCAUGAAGUUCAAGGAGACAUUCUAGCCGCACUGGAUUUGCUCUUAGUUAGAGGAGAUUAUCGGACUUCCUGUCACCCACUCAGUGACUAUCACUACACAGGGUCUGACCACUGGACUGCUCAGGAAAUGAGAGUCUUCCAGAAAGCUCUUCUCAAUCAGACUAAGGAUUUUCAGGAAAUUCAUAAAGCGUUGCAAACCAAAUCAGUGGCCCAGUGUGUGGAGUAUUAUUACACAAUGAAGAAGCUGAAGAAGUUCAAGCAGCGGUGUAGAGGAAUAGAAAACACUGAUGGAGCUGAAAAGAAUUCUGUGUUUUCAUAAGACAGAGUGUCACAGUGCUCGUAUGAAAACCCACCGGGAGAGAGAUUUUUGGAAUCAAACGUGUACACCUUGUCCUAGUAGGGACAAGAGGCAAGGUCAAGGAACAGAUAUAUUAGAGGUCAGAUGGAGUCUUGCAAAUGUUUGAAUGAUCUAUUCCUAUAUUAGCCAUCAGAAUACCAAUCAGCUUAAUUUUUUGAAGUUUAUCAAUAUAUGUUUGAAGUUUUAAAGGUGAUGAUGUCUGUGUAAUAGACAAUAUUUUUAAUUUCCAUGUUAUUGAUAUAGUAUGUAGUGUUUAAAAAUGUUUUUUUUGUUUGUUUCGUUUAAACAUCAAACACGUUCAAUACCAAGUUCUUCAUACUUUUGGUACAGCACUUUGCAUGUUAUAGAAUUUGAAUGUUUGUAUUUUUUACUGUUUCGAGUUACGCUGUCUUAACAAGUGCAGGCUGAAACACUUCAAUUCACCAGCAGCAAUUCCAUAUUCUUGCAUGAGAAACGCUGUUCCCUGUUUGGUAUAACAGAAGUUAUUUUUGCACUUCAAUCUGUUUCAAACAAGCUUUAAUUUGACAUGCAGUUCAUGGGUUACAUCUUAAUCAGCUGUUACAUUUAGGGAUG